UUAUCACAAUACUUUUCUGUAUUUGUUACUAAAAUCCGAAACUAAAAAAUUUGUGGAUUUUCUCAAAAAAUAAACUAAUAUUUACAUCGAGGCACAAUUAGACUAUAGUAAAAAUCUCUUACCAUAAUCAUUCAGAAUGGAUACCAUAAAAGUGGGUGAUGCAGUGUCUGAUCAGCUGUACCCAGCAUUGUUUCAAUGCUUUACAAUUAUUUUGUGCGGGUAUAUUGCAGGAAGAUUAAAUGUUGUAACAAAAUCUGAAUCAAAAGGCAUAGCAACAUUUGUUGGUACAUUUGCAUUGCCAUCUCUGAUUUUUCUGUCUCUAGCUCGCCUGGACUUUAGUACUGUGAACUGGACGUUUUUAUUAUCAAUUUUACUAGCAAAAGGACUGGUGUUCUUUGCUGUUAUUGUUAUAACCCUACUAGUUUCCAAGCCUAUGAAUCUGGGACAAGCUGGCAUUUUUGCAAUAUUCUGCACACAGAGUAAUGAUUUUGCUUUAGGAUAUCCUAUAAUAAAUGCUAUCUAUGAGAAAACUCACCCAGAAUAUGCACUUUACUUGUACCUGAUGGCGCCCAUAUCACUUGCUAUAUUGAACCCUGUAGCUUUUGUGAUAAUGGAGCUUCAUAAGCAGGGGCAAAGUACUAUUCCGGAGAUUGUAACGUCACAGAACUGUAGGAAACUUAAAAUGCUACUCCAGCUGAUAAAAGGAAUUGUUUUUAACCCAGUGUUAGUCAUGACUAUAUUGGGAAUCAUUGGAAAUAUAGCAUUUAAACAUAAGCUCUCUAUUUAUAUAGAAGGGUUGUUAGAUGUUUUUGGUCAAUCUUUCUCUGCUGCUGCACUAUUCCUCCUGGGACUAAGGAUGGUUGGUCAAAUAACAAGAUUGAGAGGAGCAGCACUUGUGCUACCCUGUGUACUAAUAAUGGUCAAAUUGAUAUGCCUGCCGGUGAUCAUGAGAGAGUUCGUAAGCGCGCUGCACUCUGGCGCGAACGACACGGAAACUCAGUCGCUGUCGACGUAUGCCUUCUUAUACGGAACCAUUCCGACUGCGCCCGCUGUCUUUGUGUUCUCAAACCUUUAUAAUUUGGAGAUAGAUCUGAUGGCUUCCUCAAUGGUUAUAUGCACGUUCGUUUCUGCGCCAAUAACAUUUCUCUCCGCCCAAAUGAUCUCUAUCAACCAAGACUAUGCAGAACAGAUAAGGAGAUUUGGCUUCGACUUGUCCAUAGUAGCUCUCAUCGCUGCUAUAUGGGUGUUCGUAGUGUUCACAUUCACAAGGAAAUAUAAAAGGGUGCCACACAAGCUCACUUUGUGUCUGAAUUGUACACAGAUUCUAUUAGCCGUGGCGGUGUUAUGGGGUGGUCCGGUGGAGCGCGCGGCGACAACGUGGCGCGACGCGGCACAGCAGGCGCUGCUGUACUUUGCCAUGUUCUCCUGCCUCGCCUGGACAGCUAUGCUGUCUGUUGGCCUGUUCAUGUUGGAGACCCGUGGCCCCUGUUUCGUGGUGACUCUGUUCCCCGUGCUGGCGUUCGUCGCUUGGGGUGCACCAGCCGUGAUGGUGGGGUCGCUGCUCAUCACCAAAGGCGGCGGACCCAUCAAUGCCGAUGCCGCCGAUGCCAUCCGACUAAGCGCACUGUUCUUCUGUAUUACGGUGACUGUCGGCUGUCUAACGUUGUAUAUGAGGAAUCGUCUGCGCAACUCACAGAACAGUUUGCUGUCGUCUCAAGACGAUACGGAUCCCAUAAAUGAAGGCGAAACGGCUAAUUUGAUCGAAAAUGGCGCUGCCAACACACAGUCUGAAACUCUAUCUAACUUUGGUUGCUACGGUACAAUUACGUCGAGUCCGCGCCGUACUAACUGCGGCACGAACGAGCCCGCUUGCGACAACGGACAGUUCACCGCCAACUCCCGAGACAUAGAGGACAUGGCCAACGAUGACAGGUGCAGUGCGUGCGCCUCUGGCGGGGGCGGGGCUUGUGCGUACGCGGCGCAGCUGGAGGCGGCGGCGGACGCGCUGGGUCUGCUGCCGCCGGAGACGUCUCGCGGCCGCGGCGGUCAGCUGCUUAGACACACCGUGCUGCUAGUUGCUUACAGCCUUGUCAUGUUUAUUGGUCUAACGUUCACAGCGUGGCGGAUGAUGCGUAAGGACGAGUCCGGUGUGUUCAUAGAGAUACAAUUCCUGGACACCGCCGCGACUUACGGCCAGGCGUUACUCAUGUUCGUGCUGUUCGGACUUGACCCGCAGGAGUUGGUGUUGCCAGUCGUCAGAUAUUUUAAGACCCAGUGGUAUGGCACCGAUAAAAUCACUUUGCCGCCUGUUGAGGAUCUCAGCUUUGAGACUAAGCUUGUGUGUGAGCAGUUCAUCACUCACCACUUAGAGCGCUGCAAGAACGACAUUGCUAAGGACACCAGAUGGCGCGUGCGGACAUACCGCGGCGUGUUCCGCGGCUCGUGUCUAGUGAAGUGGUUGGUUCGCGCGGGGCUAGCGGCGGACAACGCGGCGGCUACGGCGUACGCGCGACAUCUGCUCGACGGACGACUUAUAGCGCACGUGAAUAAUGCCCACCACUUCGCUGACUCGCCGCUGCUGUAUACAUUCCUGUGAAUAGGUAGUACAGUUUAAGAAAACAAUUAAAAUGACCCUGGCGCGAAAAUUUUACAACAAUGAUUGAA